AUGCGCAAGCCAGAUGACAAUUUCCAUUCUGCACCAGCACCGAAUGGGUAUUAUUAUGACUCUGUGCAGGAUAAGUUAGUUGCAGACCCUUUGAGUGAUGAGUUUUCGGAACUGUGGAACGGAACAGCGCAUCAGAAUACGGUUGCUUUCCGAAAGGUCUUUGCACCUAUGCCUGAUGAUACUGCCAAAUCGUGGUAG